UACCUUUCCACCGAACACACCCAUAGACAAGAAAAAGUUUACAACAAAGGAAAAUCAUAUGCAACCUUGCAUUUCGUCCUUUUCACCAAAUCCCCACCCACACGUAGACAGACAGAGUAUAUUCAUUCAAUAAUAAUCCCCUUUCUCUCUCUAAAACUUUCUCUCUCUUCAUAGCGCUCCUUGCUUUUCCACAGCACACAGAAGCAUCAAUAAUCAUUUUGCUUUCUUUUUCUAAAAAGCCCCCUUUUUUUUUUCUUUCUUCUCAUCCCUUUUUACCCCCUUCUUUUUUGUUUCCUCUGUCAAAACUAACCGAAAGUUUAUUAUUAUAUACGCGGUUUUUGUUUCUACUUUUAUCGGUUCUUCAUACAUUGAUUUCUUUUUUAUUAUUCAUCAAUUGGGGUUCCAAUAAGAUUGCCUGUGGCUUGUAUUUAUUGAAGGAUGUAGCUGAAUAAGAGUGUUGUUGCUGGAUAAUUUUUUAGGAAUUGUGGUUUUUUUUUUUUUUUAAUUGAAAUUUGUAUUCUUGAACCAUAGAUUUUGGUUACUUUUCUGGGUAAAAUUUGGGUCUUUUCUCUGUUUUCUAAAUUUACUGAGGUACAAUUGGAGUAAAAAAGUUGAUCAUCUCUGUAAAAAGUUCUGUUCUUGGUAAUUUUUAGGAAUUGUGGGUUUUUAUUUAUUGAAAUUUGCAUUGUUUUAACCAUAGAUUUCCACCCUUAAAGGCGGUUACUUGUCUGGGUAUUGAAAAUUUGGGCCCUUUUUUAACUGAGGUACAAUCAGAGUAAAAAAGUUGAUCAUCGCUGUAAAAAGUUCUGUUCUUGGUAACUUUUAGGAAUUGUGGGUCUUUUUAUUAUUGAAAUUUGUAUUGUUUAACCAUAGAUUUGGACCCUUGAAGGUGGUUACAUUCCUGGGUAUAGAAAUUUUGGGUCUUUUUCUCUUUUCUAAAUUUACUGAGGUACAAUUUGAGUUAAAAAGUUUGAUCAUCGCGGUAAAAGUUUAGUUCUUGGUAAUUUUGAAGAGGGUGAUUGAAUCACCAUGGAUCAUGUUGUGGGUGGGAAGUUUAAGCUAGGAAGGAAGAUUGGAAGUGGGUCUUUUGGUGAGCUUUAUUUAGGUGUGAAUAUACAGAAUGGAGAAGAAGUUGCCAUUAAGCUGGAAUCUGUCAAGACAAGGCAUCCUCAACUGCACUACGAAUCGAAAAUUUAUAUGCUACUCCAAGGAGGAACUGGGAUUCCUAACCUCAAAUGGUUUGGUGUUGAGGGUGAGUACAAUAUAAUGGUCAUUGACCUUCUUGGACCAAGUUUGGAAGACCUCUUCAACUAUUGCAACAGGAAGUUUACUUUGAAAACAGUGUUAAUGCUAGCGGAUCAACUCAUUAAUAGAGUAGAAUACAUGCACUCCAGAGGAUUUCUUCACCGUGACAUAAAGCCAGACAACUUUUUAAUGGGCCUAGGUCGCAAGGCAAACCAGGUUUAUGCAAUUGACUUUGGGCUUGCCAAAAAAUAUAGGGAUCUCCAGACUCACAAGCAUAUACCAUACAGGGAAAACAAGAAUCUGACAGGAACUGCUCGGUAUGCGAGUGUCAACACACAUCUUGGAGUUGAGCAAAGCAGAAGAGAUGAUUUGGAAUCUCUUGGUUAUGUGCUGAUGUAUUUUCUUAGAGGAAGCCUUCCAUGGCAGGGACUGAAAGCUGGUACCAAGAAGCAGAAAUACGAUAAAAUCAGCGAGAAAAAGAUGUUAACACCAAUAGAGGUGCUGUGCAAAUCAUAUCCAUCCGAGUUCAUAUCAUACUUCCACUAUUGUCGGUCAUUAAGAUUUGAAGAUAAACCUGACUAUUCGUAUUUGAAGAGGCUUUUCAGAGACUUGUUUAUUCGUGAAGGUUAUCAAUUUGACUAUGUAUUUGAUUGGACAAUUUUGAAGUAUCCUCAGAUCGGUGCCAGUUCUAGAGGACGAAAUCCUAGUGGGAAUGCCGGACUAAAUGCUGGGCCACCUGCUGAAAGGCCUGGAAGGGCGUCAGUGGGGCAAGAUAUUCGGGACAGAUUUUCUGGUGCUGUUGAAGCAUUUUCCAGAAGGAAUACUUCUGCAGCUGGUAGGCAUGGGGAACACUCCAGACAUAGGACUUCAGAGGAUAUGCCUUCAUCCAAAGAUGUGCAAGGUGAUUCAGAAAGAGGGCGUACCUCGAGAAAUGGCAGUUCUUCUAGAAGGGCUGUCAUUUCAAGCAGCAGACCGACAUCUUCUGCUGAACUCACUGAUAGUCGCUCAAGCAGAUUAGUGUCAUGCACGGGCCGUCUAUCUACUACACAAAGAAUUCAGCAGGGAUAUGAAACAAAACCAUCAUCAUUCUCCCGAGCUUCAGUCACAAAGGGUAGCCAUGAUAACCCUCUUCGAAGCUUUGAAUUUCUUUCAAUCAGGAAGUAAGAUAAUGCACUUGUAAAGAGAGAAUUUCCUGAUUGUCUGAACAUUGAUUCCUAUUUAAGGAUGUCUCUAGUGCUGUAAAUUGGUAAUGUUGUACCUUCUAUGUGCAAUUGAAGCUUAUCCAGCCUUUUUUUUUUUUUUCCAAUUAGAGUUUCUGGCCACCAUAGUGCAUACUCAUCCAAAGAAAUGUUGAGUAAAGUGCGAGAGUUUUAUAUAUGUAUGGAACGAAUAGCUUAAAUAACUAUUAUUGUUGUACGAAUUAAUGUAACUUUUACCUUAUGCCUUAAUGGAAUGCCUAGUGAAGGAAUUCUUUUACGGGA